GGUUCCGCGGACACCUCAAUGUUGCAUCAUUUCCUUGUUGAUGGACUCGAUCAAAACGCCGCCAUUCGGCCGCUGUCCGAUUUCGGCACCGCACCGGGACAGCUCAGGCUAAACUGCGACGAGUCGGUGGGGGGAGGCCCGACAGUUUGGACGACUUUAGAGUACAGCGCGGCCGUGCGAGAGUACCGCAAUUAAACAAAAGUGAUUGAGUAAUGCUAUUUGAUGCACUCUCCGGCCGUCCAAACAGACUGCUGUUGCUACCAAAAGGAGGAGGCCAUGGGGGAGAGGUUAAUCUAAGCUCAACUCGCGUUGUUCAGAAAAGUUCCAGGUCACCACCAGAGUCGGAGGAAAACAUUGCCCGCGGUGGCGCGCACGAAAAUGUUAAAUGUAAAAGUACUUCCUCGCCGAGAUUCGCUGCCUUAGGUACCACGAAAGCGAACCACAGCGAAACAACGCCCGGUGAUAACGAACGCUGGCAAAAGGGGGAACGUCGCGGUACGGAAGAUGUUAGCAUAACGCCGAAGCAGCAACUCUCCGUCCAGACAAAAACAUAGCGUAUGCUCGAAUAACAUGCUGCAACCUGGGUCGAGGGUGUGAUGGCCGUUGAAAGGCAUACAGCGGAGAAGCAGCAGCAGGCAGCAACCUCACCGCCGCCACCACGAAAACGGUACGCGAAGAGCGCGCAGCACCGAUAAAACAAAGGCAACGUUUGUAUCCACACAUGGCGGUGGUGGCUCGAGAGAAGGAACAGAAAAGAGCGACGGCAAAACAAAACGGCCACGAAACAGGAAGGCGAUCAUAAUAACGGUGCAAAACAAAUGAAGAGAUAUAUAAGUAUGAGUGGGUGCUUUCGCCUCCCCCUGUCCUGAGCCAACGUGCAGCCUCUUUGACGCGACGCCUGCGAAGGCAAAAGUCGACGGUCCUCCGUCACACUAUCUCAUCAUCACCUAUGCACUGCGGAGGGGUGGAAGUAUGUAACCCUUGCCCCCGCCACACAUACACGCGCACGGAAUGAGUCCAUUUUCAAUCGUGAAUUAUUCCCCGUGGUUUGCUAAUUAAUUGACAUAGUUCUUCUGGGCUGAAUGCGGGCGGUGGGAUGUGUGCCUUGGGAGGCAUACGUUUCAUACGCGGUAGCAACGGUUCGAGAGCUAUUAAGAUGCGCCAAGUGGAAAGUGGAAAAAGGUUGUUAGUUACCAUAUUUUCUUUGUGCUUCGCCGUGGCUCACCGGCUCUCUGUGUUCGCCCCCUGAGCCGCGGCUUUUCCGGAGGUGUCCCGUUGGGAGGGUCUCUUACCCCGCGCCGGGAUGCAUAAAGGUGAAAUAUUUGCUAAUGAGAUGGAGCUUGUUGUGUAUAUGCAUAAAAGUGUAUUUAACGUAACACCGAUAUGAACGUGACCGCUUGCAUUGCGGGGGGAAGCGGACCGGGGAUAUCACACAGUGGGUGAGGAAAAGCAACCAGAUGGCUUGCUGGCCAAAUCCAAAGGGUGAUUGUAUUUAAAUUAACUUUGAAAGUUUGCUACUUUACUAAAAUAUUUUCAUCUUUCUAUCUGGAAAACCUUUGUGUCGCUUAAAUUGCACCAUUUUAUAAUUUAUGAUUCAUUCAAACUCAUUUAAUUCAUCAUACAGUCGGUAGCAUUUUAAUCAAAUUAAAAGCUCGCAAAAAAUCAAUACUUUCAAAACUUUAAAUUGCAUCCAUUUAUUUCACCCAAAAAAAAAAAAGAUCCGACCGGAGAUGGGAGAGCUUUAGG